UACAUUUCCCAUUCAGGUGGCUUCUUCGGUGCGGGAACAAUCCCCUCAUCAUUGGCAACACUUUCCGGGAGCCAAGGCAACCCUGGUCUAACCGGUCUCAUUAAUCCCACCUUCUCUAUCGGAAGCCCGUUAGCGACAGCACAACCCGGCACAACUCUCCAGUCCUCGAUAACCCCGGGCUUUUGCCUGGGCACCAAUCCAGCAACUGUUACAGGAUUUCCCGGAACCGGCCCUUCGGGCUUGACUGCUGCAGUAGUGUCUGCAGUCAAUCCCUCAUUAGGCGCCUUUCAACUGCAGCAACAGCUCGGAGCACCGGAAACAGAAAACCUAUUUGCCAAAAGAGCGGCUACGAAGACCGGAUUGUUCGGUUUUAACACAGCUCCUAACUAG